AUGACGAAGCUGCGCUCAGUUUACAUCACAUUCUUCACGACGGAAAAGCUCUACUCUCGCAUCACGAACGAGCUACGACAGUGUUUCGAGGAGCGCGACAUCCACCUACUCGAUAAAAUCGUAGUCAUCUCGCUUGUUGAAGAUGGAAGUCUUCCAUUGGGUCGGGGCAACCUGGAUGCUGCGUUUGGGAUCGCAUAUGAAAAGCUUGUGAACGGAGAGCCCGUGGAAUGCAUGCAUACUGGCGUUCAACACUGCACCGAUCUUAUCCCCGCUGCCGUAGUCGUAGAUUUAUACGGCCGUACACCAUUAGAAACUGUCCGGAGAGUGAGUCAUGAACGCAUUAAAGUUUUCGCUUGGUUUGCAGGUGCAGCAUCUAUCCUGUUUCGCAUCGGCGGACCCAGCACCAUUGGUGGUAUUGGUGAUCUUCGCGCUAAGAGCAGCUACCAGGCCGGCCUGAUUAAAUCGUCGAUAGAAGAGGCUGCUGGACUAAUAUCACUAGGGAAUACCGACUGUUUAAUUUAUAUACCCGGACUACCUCUUAUAUAUGACCACGAGUGUCAGCCCCAGAAGCUCAUUGGUACCGAGAGCCAGGUUGGAGAAUUAAUGCUCGUGGCGCAUGACGUCCUCAAAUUGUGCGACGGUCUUAUCUUGGCCACACCCGAAGAUUACGAAGCAGAAGCAACAGCAGCUCUCAGAAGCUGGUUUGAAGAGACAUCUUGCGGCGUAUACGCUUGCGGUCCACUCAUUUCACAGCCGCAGCAGACAGAUGAAGUGGUAGAAACAUAUCGGAUUAGACAAUUUCUCGAAUCGAGUCAAGAAAGGUGUGGUACACGUUCUCUUCUUUAUUUCUAUUUUGGAUCAGUUCAUUGGCCGCGUGAAGUAGAUAAAUUCAUAGCAAUACUGGAGGCCGUGAUGGAGCGUGGGUUGCCGUAUAUCCUCGGCCAUACCUCUCCUUAUUUUCCACUAUCCGCCACUGUCAUCCAGAAGGUUCGUAGUUAUGACAAGGCUUUACUGACACGAAAGCCUCUCCAACGACUUAUUCUAAGACAUCCGGUGACCGCUUGGUACGUGACGCACGCAGAUCACGAAAAUGUCAUAGAAGCAAUCUGGGAGGGUGUACCAAUGAUCUGUUGGCCAUUUGCAUUCGAUCAACCAAUGAACGCCGCUCGACUUUCGCAUACCCUUGACGUCGCAUUUGAGCUCUUCCAGAUUCGUAGCAGUGCAGGCCUGAAGCGAGUACACAGGCUUGGAAAAGCACCAGAUGGGACUGUGGAAGCGGUGCGAUAUGAGAUUAAAUCUAUUCUCAGAAGAGCCUUCGGGGAAGAUGGGAAGCGCAAACGGAAAAAUGUCGUCAAACUUCAAGAACAAUUUCGGCGGUCUUGGGAUAAACGCGGCAAUGCUUGGACACAAUUGGACAUAUUUCUCAGAUCUCUGAGUUGA